GAGCCAGCGAGAUCGUGUCUGUUAUCUGAUAUUUGAAAAGUUUUUUUAAACGCAUUUCCUAGUUCGACCUACAUGAACAGUUCAGGCAAACAUGACAAUCGUGUCAUCAUGUACUCACCGUCAUGUUGUUCCAAACCCGAAUGACUUUCUUUCUGCUGUGUUUUGAAGAAGAUGCUGGAUGGGGACUGAAGUUGUCUACACGACUCGUGCACCAUAUCCCAAGUCUUCUGAAGAUAUCUGUGUGACAUUAUUAGUUCUCGCAUGUCUCAUGACCACUAGAUUUCCUUCUUCUCGCACACAGGUCAUGGUCAGGGGUUAGGAACUUCCUUCAGGUGGACCACAGGGCAUCCUGAGCUGACAUGGGUCUCCUGCGCCUGCUGUCAAUCACUUUCAGGUCCUAUCAGGUCAUGUUGUUGUUUGCCGCAGCUCUUGCAGUGGUGGCAUUCUACUACUUCGGCUCAGAAAAGCAAAACUUCUCCAGCACCACAAAACGCAUCAAGGAGACGCAAGCGAGCCAAAACACCAACCGUGAUGAUGCCGAUCUGUCCGUAGACAUCAGGUCUGGUCAUCCAGAGAGCCGGAGAGGAACCGGAGAUGACGUGGAGGGACAGACGUUGAGACUGAAGCGCUUUCAUGCCCUCAUGAUGUUCACAAAGGUUGACAAGAGCAUGAACUUGCAGAAGAAGUUUCAGGUGGCCAUGCGCUCUAUGGCCAAACACGGACGCUUCCUGGAGGAUGAGGUGCUGGUUCUUCACUACGUUUCUGAUGCAGGUAGUCAGGAGCUGGGCGAGAGGAGACUUCACGAACUUCUCCUGGAUGCCACCUUUCAUUAUGAGGUCGUGUUCCACAAUGUGGACGCUCUCACGGAGAAGUUAUUCCCCAUCGUGGAGGCCAUGCAGAAACACUUCAGUGCGGGCUCUGGCGCAUACUACAGCGACGCCAUCUUCUUCCUGUCUGUGGCACUGCAUCGCAUCAUGCCCGCAGAACUGAAACGCAUUGUGCAGUUGGACCUGGACCUCAAAUUCAGGAGCAACAUCAGAGAUCUCUUCCAAGAGUUUAGCCGCUUCCCUCCUGAGGCCAUCAUUGGAAUCGCUAGAGAGAUGCAGCCGGUGUACAGGCAUACAUUCUGGCAGUACCGCAAAGAAAAUCCUAAGUCCCGUGUGGGAGACCCACCACCAGAUGGUUUGCCCGGCUUCAACAGUGGAGUAAUGCUUCUGGAUCUUGAUGCCAUGCGUCGCUCCACCUUAUACAAUCAGCUGCUGGAGCCCGAGCGAGUGGCCCGACUUGCAGAGAAGUACCACUUCCGAGGGCACCUGGGCGAUCAGGAUUUCUUCACCAUGAUCGGAAUGGAGCACGGGGAACUGUUUUACCCGCUGGCCUGCGGCUGGAACCGACAGCUGUGUACCUGGUGGAGGGAACAUGGGUACGGAGACGUAUUCCAGCUCUACUACCAUUGUGACGGACCAGUCCAUAUCUACCACGGUAACUGCAACACUCCCAUACCUGAUGACUGAAUGAUGAAGGGGGUCUCGGACCACUGAGUUUUUACUGCGCAUCUUAAAUCAAGUGGACCAUACCAAGGCAGAAGGGACCCACUACUGAUAGUGUAGCCGGACGCGAAAUUAUUUACACUAAAUAUUCCUUUCAGUCCUUUAACACCAAUGAGACUGGUUGAUAAUCAAAAUUUCAGUGUUUCGACAGUGGAAUGAUCCAAAACACUUUAAACAACUACACAACCCAUUAAAGAGACUGUACGUCUAUUCCUCGUAGUCUCGUUUUCAUUCCCGUCAAAUAUUAAAGAUGGCACUGCUGUGAAUAAGGUCCAUUCUCUUCACUACAUUCCUCCUUAAUGUCUGCGUAAACACUUAAUGUACACUUAAUGUUUUAAUGCAGCAGUGAUGAGAGGAGAGGUGAAUUAAAGGUGUCAGUCAUUUCUGGACCACCUCAGUAUCAUGUGAAGUGUGAUGUGCAGCUGUAUCAGAGUAAAUCUCAGUCUCAACAAUGUCCAGAUAUCAUCUAGAACAUCUCAUUGGUGGUCUCAUCUUGAGGAGAACAUUCUGCCUGAGGAUUGGGAAGUGGGAUUGGGGGGAUAUUGUCCUGAGGAAGAUUGACACUAACUGUUGUGGUUGGCUGGCACGUAUCCAGCAUCUGCUGGAUUCUCUGAAAUAUCAUGUAAUAACUUCAGAGAGCUCCGUCACCUCUGCGCUGCUUUGUAAUGAGCUGAGAGAUCCCACUGCACUGAUAUUGUGAAGUUAAGGACGGCAUGUCUGUGGGAUUUUCAGUUCAUUUGGUUUUUGUUUUUGUCAGUUGUUUUUUGUCUCUGACUCAUCAAUAGUAGUAACCUUGAUGAACUGAUAUAGUCCUGCUUUUUUAUUGUUGUUGCUUGUAAAUGUAAUCACAAUUACAUGAUCAUAUGUGUUGUUUGUCUUUGUUGUGUUGAUUUUGUUUGUUUUUUGGCAGGCUGCUUUUGUCUCAAAUGAACCACUCAGGUAAGUCUAAAGGAACAAAAUAAGAUGGUAACGAAUCAUUUAAUAUAUCCUCCCGAAAACAGACUAGUCUAUCAAGAGCAGGUUGCACUCUAAAUGAACACCUGUUAAUCCUUCUUCCUAGAAUAUCCAAUGUUGUGUCAUAUGUAUGUACGUGUCAAAGGAAUUGAAUGUAUUAAAGGCAAUGAACAGCAUUUCAGAAGUGAAGGAAAACCAACUUAUUUCAUAUAUAUUUGUGUAUUAACACUCAGAAUAAAAUUCCUUGUUUGCCAACA